AUGCUCCGCGGUGUUCUGGGAAAAACCUUUCGACUUGUUGGCUAUACUAUUCAGUAUGGCUGUAUAGCUCAUUGUGCUUUUGAAUACAUUGGUGGUGUUGUCAUGUGUUCUGGACCAUCAAUGGAGCCUACAAUUCAAAAUUCAGAUAUUGUCUUUGCAGAAAAUCUUAGUCGACAUUUUUAUGGUAUCCAAAGAGGUGACAUUGUGAUUGCAAAAAGCCCAAGUGAUCCAAAAUCAAACAUUUGUAAAAGAGUAAUUGGUUUAGAAGGAGACAAAAUCCUCACCAAUAGUCCAUCAGAUUUCUUUAAAAGCCAUAGUUAUGUGCCAACAGGUCAUGUUUGGUUAGAAGGUGAUAAUCUACAGAAUUCUACAGAUUCCAGGUAUUAUGGACCUAUUCCAUAUGGACUAAUAAGAGGACGUAUCUUUUUCAAGAUUUGGCCUUUGAGUGAGUUUGGAUUUCUACGUGACAGCCCUAAUGGCCACAGAUUUUCUGACGAUUAGCAAGCAUUUAUUGUUUUGAUUUUUCUCUCCAAGUGAAUUUAUUAUUGCCACUGAAACCAUGUACUUACUAAUAAACUAUUUGCUACUU